GCAGCAGGGAGCUCGCUCUGCCGUAGCUCUGAUACUGCCCGCAUUGCAUCUGCAGCAUCAAAUAUGCUGCGGAUGCACUCCUGUGUGACCCCACCCUUAAGCUGCAUUAUUAAUUGCUCAUGUCACCUGUUAGCCAACAGUUCUCUGCUGACCUCCCUAUACACAUGAAUUUGUGUUCAUGUGUUCUCAAUGGGGUGGAAAGGAUGAACCGUUUGGUCUAUUCAUUGGGACCCAUGUUCCUUCUCUUUGGACUCUUGCUACCAAACAUUGAAGGUAAUAAAAAAGUUCGUGGAUCUCAAGGAGCCAUUCCUCCUCCCGACAAAGGACAGCCCAAUGACUCUGAACAAGACCAGACAGGGCCAGGGAAUCGGGGCAGAGGUAAAGGAAAAGGGCAAGUUGAGGAGGUGCUGGAGUCCAGCCAGGAAGCACUACAUAUUACUGAAAGAAAGUAUCUGAAGAGGGACUGGUGUAAGACACAGCCACUCAAGCAAACCAUCCACGAGGAAGGAUGCAACAAACGCACCAUCCUCAACAGGUUCUGUUAUGGGCAAUGCAAUUCUUUCUACAUUCCCCGACAUAUCCGACGGGAGGAAGGAUCCUUCCAGUCCUGCUCAUUCUGUAAGCCUAAGAAAUUCACUACAAUGGUGGUUACACUCAACUGUCCUGAGCUACAGCCACCUACAAAGAAGAAAAGAAUAACUCGUGUCAAGCAGUGUCGCUGUAUUUCUAUAGAUCUGGACUAGCAUCAAAUUGGUUAUCCUCUGCAAUGGACUACACAAUACAUCCAUACAGCUGGACUGCACCCAUGCAGAUGGUUUUUUUCAUGUGUAUAAAGCUACAAUAUUUGGACUUCAAAUAAUCUUCUGUCAGAGCUACCUUCAGCCUUCCUAGGGUAACCUAACAAACAUUCUGCUCACCAAAGAUGGACUGCCUGUCCCAGUAAAGCACAAAGGGCACCCUUACUUGGAGUACAAAAAACAGAGUGCAAGUUUCCAUGUAUACAAUGUGUAUAUAUCUUAUUUAUUCACACUUACAUGUUUGUGAUGCACAUAAGGGGUAGGAUAAAAGUAAUUGUGUGUAAAGAAUUUUAUAACCUGGUUGGUCUAAGCGGGGAGCUGAAUGAAUCCUGCACAUGAUCAUAGCAGAAAAGCAAAUUUGGCUAAACAGUGACUUGACCAUUUUCACUAAUUGCAUUGAGUGAAAUAAAA